AUGAGGGCAGCUGCAGGUUAUCUUAAAGAGCAAAUGUCUAUUGGAUUUCGCGGAGCCUUCGGUACUAGAGGAAGUAGUGCUGGUGAGCACUCUUGGUCUGAAGGUAGUAAUGUGGGAAAGCACAAUGAAAGCUGUGGUGAAUUCAUUACCUACUCUGUCAGAUCCAUUGGACCGACAACAACAAACCCCCAUACUUUCCGCAAACUUUUGUCUGACAACUCAACCUGGGCUUUGAUUGACCGUGGGCCUGUUGAAGGGUACAUACCAGUAUGGGAACUGUUAAAAGAUCUUGGUGGUGAGUACGAAACAGCAGCUGACGUCCUGGAAAAAAUUUGGCAGUGUGACGAAAGGAAAAAGAAAUAUCGAAAGAUCGCAAAAGAUGAGUUGUUGCUUAUGAAGGAAGACUUUUUCGCAACGACGAGACAGCCUGUUAGCGAAACACUCAAGUUAAAGCAAGAAACUCCAGUUUGUACUCGACAGUUUGAGGACAUAGGAGAUGCCUAUGAAGAAGCGAUAGAAUUCAUCAUGGGAGACCCGCAGAGCAACAUCUACGUGAUUAUUGGCGAUCAUUCAAGCCUCUUCCAAUGUCAUCCCAGCUUGCGUUGCUUUAAAGUUCCUGGGAGUGAGCCGCUGGACGCCUUCGUCUCCACUUUUGAUCGAGCUCCAAUAAUCUUACAAAGAGAAAGCGUUCUCUUUAGUAAAACGUUCUUCAAACAACUUAGGGGAGAGGAUCCCGCUUCCAAUCUAAAAUGA